CGAUCAGCGGCGCAGUCGGGGUUACAAAGCGUUUGCUGCUUCAGCUGUUGUUGCUGGUGUUGGUGUUGUUGCCAUUGGCAGUGCUUGCUGGGGCGUUUGUUUGCUGCCGCGCUUCAGUCAGUCAGGGAAUGAUCGUGCUUAGCUCCAUUACUACCGCUACCACCGAGGCUCCGCGACUCCGUACUCGCUUUGUUUAGUUAGUGAAUUCGACGACGACGACGACGACCUGCGCGUGCGAUUAAAGCGCCGCAACUCUUUGUAAUUACACUGCCAGAGCCUCAGAGGUUGCUCGAAAUCCAGCGACUGGAGAAAUCGGAAAUCGAGUUGGAAAUCCGAAUCGAAAGGCCAGCGUAUACAUAGUUGUCACACUUUUGCUUUUAAACCUAAAAAUCCAUUCACAUUCGGGUCAAGAUGGCAACGCAGAAGGAAGAUCACACCGCCCUGGAUCUCAUAAUCAAGUCACUCAAGUCGCCGACCAUGGUCUGCGAGGGCACCCACUUCGACGGCAAGAUCCCGCACACGUUCGUCAUCUUUGGGGCGUCCGGCGAUCUGGCCAAGAAGAAGAUCUACCCCACGCUCUGGUGGCUCUACCGCGAUGACCUGCUGCCCAAGCCGACCAAGUUCUGCGGCUAUGCCCGUUCCAUGCUGACCACCGAAACCCUCAAGGCGCAGUGUCUGCCGUACAUGAAGGUCCAGCCGCACGAGCAGAAUAAGUACGACGAGUUCUGGGCCCUCAACGAUUACGUGUCCGGCAGAUACGACGGACGCACUAGCUUCGAGGUGCUUAAUCAGCGGCUGGAGAUGAUGGAGAACAAGAACAAGGCGAACCGCAUCUUCUACCUGGCCCUGCCGCCCAGCGUCUUCGAGGAGGUGACUGUCAACAUCAAGCAGAUCUGCAUGUCGCUCUGCGGUUGGAACCGCGUGAUUAUCGAGAAGCCCUUCGGACGGGAUGACGCCUCCUCGCAGGCGCUGAGCGACCAUCUGGCCGGUCUGUUUAACGAGGAUCAGCUGUACCGCAUCGAUCACUACCUGGGCAAGGAGAUGGUGCAGAACCUGAUGACCAUACGUUUCGGCAACAAAAUCCUCAGCUCGACGUGGAACCGCGAGAACAUCGCCUCCGUGCUGAUCACGUUCAAGGAGCCCUUCGGCACCCAGGGUCGUGGCGGCUACUUCGACGAGUUCGGCAUCAUACGCGACGUGAUGCAGAACCAUCUGCUCCAGAUCCUGUCGCUGGUGGCCAUGGAGAAGCCGGUGAGCUGCCACCCGGACGACAUCCGAGACGAGAAGGUCAAGGUGCUGAAGAGCAUCGAAGCCCUGACGCUGGAUGACAUGGUGCUGGGCCAGUACCUGGGCAAUCCGCAGGGCACAACCGAGGAUGCGCGCACGGGCUACGUGGAGGACCCCACCGUUAGCAACGACUCGAACACGCCCACCUACGCCCUCGGCGUGCUCAAGAUCAACAACGAGCGCUGGCAGGGAGUGCCCUUCAUCCUGCGCUGCGGCAAGGCGCUGAACGAGCGCAAGGCGGAGGUGCGCAUCCAGUACCAGGACGUGCCCGGCGACAUCUUCGAGGGCAGCACGAAGCGGAACGAGCUGGUCAUCCGCGUCCAGCCGGGCGAGGCCCUUUACUUCAAGAUGAUGACCAAGAGCCCCGGCAUCACCUUCGACAUCGAGGAGACGGAGCUGGACCUCACCUACGAGCACCGCUACAAGGACUCCUACCUGCCGGAUGCCUACGAGCGGCUCAUCCUCGACGUCUUCUGCGGCUCCCAGAUGCACUUCGUCCGCUCGGACGAGCUGCGCGAGGCGUGGCGCAUCUUCACACCCAUUCUGCACCAGAUCGAGCGGGAGCGGGUGCGGCCAAUCACCUACCAGUACGGAUCGCGCGGUCCCAAGGAGGCCGACCGCAAGUGCGAGGAGAACAACUUCAAGUACUCCGGCUCCUACAAGUGGCACGGCGGCAAGGCGGCCACGUCCAAUCUCUGAGCGAUCGGAGCACACCAAUUCCCGAGCUGGGUUCGCAGGAUACUCCUCUCUGUCCACACAUACAUGUACAUACAUAUAUAUAUGUAUUCUUUGGUUAUUUGUAAUUCUCUUCGGUCUGUACAAGAUUUUUUUUAUUAAAUAUACGAAAUAGUGUUUAGCUGGA